AUGUCCGUCACUAAUGCCCUUAUGCGUCGGGGAACCGAGCUUGCUGUAACUCGCAUGCAGUCGGACAAGAUUGAGCAGCAGCUCAAUGGAGGCGUGGUCGCUUUGGUUGCCAUCACUGCUAUCUUGUUUUGUAUUGCAUUCUGGUCUAUCGAGUAUACUUACGGAAUGGUGAUUUCCACUCUGGCCGCAGUUGAAGACACCAACCCCGAUAUCUACGUGCGCAUUACUUCCGAUCCUGAUCCCACCAAGCCAGCAAAUGACCAGGAAGAUCCUGAGCUGGUUGCUCCCACUCCCCUCAAGCCCAUCACUAGCAAGCUGCGCACUACCGUGAAGCACCUGCGCUCCCGUGCCGGCUUCUGGUCUCGCUUCCGUGGAAUGGGCAUGUUCCUAGCCUACAGCGUGCUCCGUGGCACCCUUUUCUCUUGGUUCCCUGUCUCCUCCUAUCUACUCCAGUUCAUCGUCCAGUCUGUUUUGAGUGUUGCUCUGGCCACUUGGCAGAUGGCCUGGGUGCACAUUGUCAUCACCGAACCCUCCCCCAAGCGCUUCUACCAGCGUAUCCCUAGCUAUAAGACUUGGAUUAAGAUUGCGCCAGCUGCUGCUCUCCAGGAUAUUCUCACCGCUGCUGGUUUCUUCAUCCCUAUGACCGCUGUCAAGCUGGCUGGCUGGCUCGAUGUUCCCGGCGACCAGGAUGUCCCCUCUAUGGUGGGCAUGUACCGCUUCAUGGGCGCCAGUGUGAUUCCUGCUGUUCUGGCAUUCCUGAUCUCCAUGCCUGCUCGUGUCAUCUUCAUCCGUGUGGCUGCCUCCAUGCUCCCAGAGGAGGAAGAGACUAUUGUGCCAUUUGAUCGCUCUUUUGGAGGCAAAGUCAUCCCUGCUAUCACCGGUGGUAGCGGUAAGAUUGGCCUCAUGGAUGCAUGGACUACCUUUGAUUGGGCUGCUCGUGUCCGCUUCGCCAAGGUCAUUGGCAAGACAUUUGCCAUGCAGAUGGCGCUUGGUUUCUUCGCCGCUCUCGUAUUUGGUGCUGAGAUUGUUUUGCUCAUCAAGACUGCCAAGCCCGCUGACUCAGAUGCUCCUCGUAUCUAA